CACCUAAAAAUUGCAGCAGCGGUUUCCGCUGUUUCGCUGCUCACGUUUGUGUCGACCUGUUUAAAACUGCACUUUUAAAGAUCUGGGUAUCUGGUAACAUGCUGAUGUUCUGUCCGACUUGUGGGAAUGUUCUAAUCGUCGAAGAGGGGCAAAAGUGCAUGAGAUUCGCGUGUAACACCUGUCCCUAUGUACAUAACAUCACAAGAAAGGUAAAUAACCGCAAGUAUCCCAAGCUGAAGGAGGUGGAUGAUGUGCUGGGAGGAGCGGCCGCCUGGGAGAACGUGGACUCAACUCCAGAAAAGUGUCCCAAGUGUGAGCAUCCUCGGGCGUAUUUCAUGCAGAUUCAAACCAGAUCAGCAGAUGAACCCAUGACAACUUUCUACAAAUGCUGCAAUGCCCAGUGUGGACAUCGGUGGAGAGAUUGAUACUCUGAACUUCUAUUGAAUGAGAUUGAUUUCCGGUUUUUGCUUUGUCUUCAGGCCCUGUUUGCCUUCUUUGAAUGGUAUUCAUUUUCCAGACAUUAAACAUUGAAAUGAGA